CUUCUGAAGCAGGAAGAAGAUCCAUUGAUGAGAAGAACUUGGAACCAUCUAUAAAUCUAUGUGAGAAUCCAGAAACUUCUGGAGCAGGAAGAAGAUCCAUUGAUGAGAAGAAAUUUGAACCAUCUAUGACAUGGAGGAAUAUUAAGUUUUCUACUUCCCACAGACCCAAAUAUUUUAGUGGCAAGGCUGCAAAAAGAGACACUGGAAAGGAAAAGAGAAGUCAUUCUGUGUCUCAGAAAACGAAAAAGAAAGAUGGUGGCAUUUCUUUUGCAUCUGCUAAAACACAGCUAGCUGCAGCUCGUAAAACAUCAGGCAGGUUUGGAGACGUUAGCGAAAGCUCCUCAGAGAGUGAGUCAGAUGAAGAGCAGCCUGUACGUCACCAGGAAGCACACACUGAUUUGCCAUCAGAAUACUGGGGAAUCCAGAAACUUGCAAAAUUUUUAAAGAGAGGCAAUCCAACAGCUACAAUAAUUGCGUUGUGUGCGAUGAUGGAUUUCAAUCUGGCUCAAGAAACUUGUCAGCUGGCCAUCAAAGACCUUGGAUGUCUUGAAGUGUUGAUUAAUUUGCUGGAUACAGAAGAGAUUAAAUGUCAAAUUGGUUCAUUAAAAAUCCUGAAGGAAAUUAGUCAAAAUAGACUCAUCAGACAAACAAUUGCAGAUCUUGGGGGCUUAGAACUCAUGGUGAAAAACUUGGACUCUCCAGAUAAAGAACUGAAAUGUUUGGCAGCUGAAAAUAUCGCUAAUGUUGCUAGAUUCAAACGGGAACGAAGGAUAGUAAGGCAGCGUGGAGGAAUCAAGAAGCUGGUUGGGCUGCUGGAAUGUGAUUCAGUGAGGUCAACCCGUGUGAAACCAUCUGAAGCACGAGAUACUGAAAUGGCACGUUGCGGGGCUUUAGCACUCUGGAGCUGCAGCAAAAGCACCAGAAAUAAAGAAGCAAUCCGUAAAGCUGGUGGCAUUCCAUUGUUAGCUAAAUGGCUCAAAUGUUCCAAUGCCAGCAUCCUAACCCCAGUAGUGGCGAUACUACAAGAGUGUGCCUCAGAGCCAAGCUACAGAUUGGCAAUAAGGACAGAAGGCAUGAUUGAGAACAUUGUGAAUAAUCUGAGCAGUGAACAUGAGGAGCUUCAGAUGUAUUGUGCAAGUGCCAUAUUUAAGUGUGCAGAAGAUAAAGAAACACGUGACCUGGUUCGACAGCAUGGAGGACUGCGACCACUGUCCAUUCUGCUUGGUAACUCUGAGAACAAACGACUUCUAGCAGCUGUGACAGGAGCAAUCUGGAAAUGUUCAAUCAGUGGAGAAAAUGUGGCAAAGUUUCAGGAAUAUAAAGCUGUAGAAACUUUGGUUGGACUGCUUACCGAUCAGCCAGAGGAAGUCCUUGUAAAUGUCGCUGGAGCACUGGCAGAAUGUUGCCAAGAGCCGAGAAAUCGAUCAGUUAUCCAUGAAUGUGGUGGAAUACCACCUCUAGUGAAGUUACUAACUGGAACUAAUCAGACACUACUUGUGAACUCCUCCAAAGCAGUGGGAGCUUGUGCAAUGGAACGCGAAAAUAUGACGAUAAUUGACAAGCUAGAUGGAGUUUGUUUGUUAUGGUCAUUGCUGAAAAAUCCUGAUCCAGAUGUUCAAGCAAGUGCAGCUUGGGCUCUUUGUCCUUGUAUUGAAAAUGCUAAGGAUUCUGGGGAAAUGGUUCGAUCCAUUGUUGGUGGCUUGGAACUGGUAGUCAAUUUACUAAAAUCCAAGAAUGAAGAAGUUUUAGCAAGCAUAUGUGCAGCCAUUGGAAGUUUAGCUAAAGAUGAAGAAAAUGUAGCUAUUAUGACAGGCCAUGGAGUCGUCCCUCUGUUGUCCAAACUAACAAACACAAACAACGACAAAUUAAGACGUCACUUAGCAGAGGCCAUUUCCCAGUGCUGCCUGUGGGGGAGCAACACAGUUAGCUUUAGAGAGAACAAGGCUGUAGCUCCUUUAGUACGUUACUUGAAGUCAAAGGAUCCAUUAGUUCACAGAGCUACAGCUGAGGCUCUAUAUCAGCUUUCAGAUGAUCCCUACAACUGUGUCACCAUGCAUGAAAACGGAGUGGUGAUGCUCCUAUUGCCCAUGAUAGGCUCCACAGAUGAAGCUCUGCAGGAGUCAGCAGCUGGAUGUAUAUCAAACAUUCGCAGGUUGGCUAUGGCAAUAGAAAAAGCAAAGUACGGCUGA